CAGCGACGUUUUCAUCCAAACAGGUUUACACGGUGACGUAAUUGACGGCAUUAUGCCACCGAUAAAAAUAUCAGAUGGUGGUGGUGGCACGCUGAGCUUGUUUGAAAUCGAUGGGAGGUAUUACCCAAGAUUCCCGGAGGAUGCCCUUCGAGGAGUAAAAAGCUUAAAGAUACGACAAGAUGACGUCAUCGUUUGUGCAUAUCCGAAAUCGGGCACUCACUGGAUAUGGGAGAUGGUGCGCUUUCUGUUGGCGGGUAACACAACUCUUGAGGUUGUUGAAAAGGAUGAUGGCUUCAUUGAAAUAUUUCCACAAGACUUCUUCGACGCCCUGCCGUCUCCGCGUGCUCUCAACACUCACUACUGGUUCGAUAAACUUCCCACGGAGGUGCUGGAGAAGAAACCCAAGAUCGUCUUCCUCUUGCGAAAUCCGAAAGAUGUCGCCGUGUCCUAUUUUCACCACCACACCAGUCUCUUUGACUACUACCAGUACAGUGGGUCGUGGCAGAAUUAUCUGCCCCUUAUGUUAGAAGGAAAAGUGGAUUAUAAUUCGUGGUUUGAUUAUGUGCUGCAGUGGGAAAAGGCUAUAAAAGACCAUCCAGAGUUACCCAUCCACAUCAUAUAUUACGAGGAUUAUAAAGAGGAUGUACUGCGGGAGGUAAAGAAGCUGUCUCAGUUUCUAGGGAAGGACUAUAACGAGACAUUUCUCAAGAAUGUCUGUGAGGCGUGCAGGUUUCAGACUAUGCGCAAGUCCAAGGGACACUUGGAGCUGAACGAGAAGGGAAAUCCUGUUAUGUAUAGAAAAGGUGAAGUCGGUGACUGGAAAAACUGGUUUACGGUUGCACAGAGUGAAUAUUUUGAUCACAUUUACAAAGAGAAAAUGAAGAAUUCCAAUUUAAAACUGCGGUUUACACUUUGAAGCUGCAAUCUCGAGUUUGUUCCUUAAGGUGACAUCACACGAUAAAAGUGCCUCGUACAAGAAUAGCCGAUUGCAUAUCAAACAGUGAAAUCAUAGUGUUUGUCUUGUCACAGUCGGCACGAGGCACUCGUAUCGUAUGGCGUCGCCUUUAGACGCAGUCGCUGAUACGCGGAAUGCUUUCUCCACCUUUCAGUUAUAAAACUAAAGGCUCAUACAGACUGGAUGCGGCGCGUGCGUGCGGUCCGGCUUUUAAAACGUCGAAAUACGUUAGUUUUAAUGAGAGCGUCUAGACUGGAUGCACGUGCGAGGUGUGCGUUUGCAAAACACACGCGGCCAGGCUCAGUGAAAGUUAAAGUUUGUUUUGUUUAACGACACUACUAGAGCACAUUGGUUUAUUCAUCAUCGGCUAUUGGAAGGAAGGAAAUGUUUUAUUUAACGACGUACUCAGCUAUUG